UGAGAUAUCAUUUUUCAGUCUGACAAAUCUCCUCGAAAAAAUAUAAUUUUGAAAGCCGAUGCCAAUCACAUCCUUCAGUGAUUGGAAGAAGCACUAAUCAAUUCACUGAAAAGAUUCCGGUAUCUUUUUCCAGAAAGCGUCAAAACGGCCAUGUUGUUACAGUCCAACAUAUUUAGCAGGGCAUAAAAUUCUCCGGCAGACGGCGCCUGUUGUGGCCGCGGUGAAAUCCACACAUUACGCCGGCCAGUUGUGGCCGUGGCUAAAUCCACUCGUUAAAUAGAUAAAUGGAAUUUCACUAUAGCGUUAUAUACGUUAAACUUCUGAAUCAAUUCUCUUCAUUCAAUCACCAAUGGCAACCAUAGCUGUGGUGCAGAGCAGCGUAGCUCACGCUGGCGGUGGUCCAGGGCUGGACAUCCGUGACUUAACUCUCCCUCGCCCAAUCUCCAAUUCAGGAGGGCUUCGAAUCCGAAAGAAUUUUCUCGGGCAGCAUUUCACGCUAAAAUGCAGACAAGUUCCCCACGGGCGUGCAAGGGUUCUGUUGGCGCCAGUUUCGGCUUUAAACGGAAGAGGACGAGAUGGCGAUAGUGUAAAUGAAACGAAGGCGGAGGUGGAGAGGAGUGACGGGUCGGCAUUGAAGCAGUACCAGGACGAGCUUGUGGCUCGCAUUAGAGCUAGGGAGUUCACGUCUGAAGCCCAGAUGUUGAAUCUAAGGAAAUUCCGGAGUUUUUUGGUUAAAUUUGGUGGUACUGGCCGGGCAUUUGCAAAAUCCAUUGCUGUUGCAGAGAGGAAAUGGAGGAUUGAAAAAUCUUAUCAAAUGCCAGAGGCAUAUGGCGAUAUUAGAGCAGUGGUUGGAGAGCCAUUCUUUGUUCCGUUAUAUAACCUCUUUCUUGCUUAUGGUGGAGUUUUCAGGCUAAAGUUUGGUCCCAAGUCGUUUGUGAUUGUAUCAGAUCCAAUGGUGGCAAAACAUAUUCUGAAGGAUAAUUCAAAGUCUUAUUCCAAGGGUAUCCUGGCAGAAAUUUUAGAAUUUGUUAUGGGCAAGGGUUUAAUCCCAGCUGAUGGGGAGGUAUGGCGUGUUCGAAGAAGGGCUAUUGUGCCAGCCUUGCAUCGGAAGUAUGUUGAGGCAAUGCUAGAGCUUUUUGGACGAGCCGCAGAAAACCUUUGCAAGAAACUGGAUGCUGCAUCUAAUGAUGGUGAGGAUGUGGAAAUGGAGUCUUUGUUUUCUCGAUUGACAUUGGAUGUCAUUGGGAAAGCAGUAUUCAACUAUGAAUUUGAUUCGUUAUCAAAUGAUACAGGCAUUGUUGAGGCUGUCUAUGAUGUUUUGCGAGAAGCUGAAGCUCGCAGUACUGCCCUUAUUCCAUACUGGAACAUUCCAAUAGUGAAAGAUCUUUUUCCAAGGCAAAGGAAGGUCUCAGCUUCUCUUAAAUUAAUAAAUGAAAUACUAGACGAUCUCAUAGCCAUAUGCAAGAGAAUGGUUGAAGAUGAAGAUGUACAAUUUCAUGAAGAAUAUGUGAAUGAACGAGAUCCUAGCAUCCUCCAUUUUCUUUUGGCAUCUGGAGAUGAUGUUUCAAGCAAGCAACUUCGGGAUGACCUAAUGACAAUGCUAAUAGCUGGUCAUGAAACAACUGCAGCAGUAUUAACAUGGGCAUUUUACCUUCUUGCGCAGAAUCCUGAAGUUACAUUGAAGCUUCAAAGGGAGGUUGACUCUGUUCUUGGAGAUCGCCUACCCACUAUUGAUGACAUGAAGAAUCUCAAAUACACAACCCGUGUUAUCAAUGAGGCACUACGGCUUUACCCACAACCACCAGUGUUGAUUCGCAGGUCUCUUGGGAAUGAUGUGCUUGGUCGAUACCCUAUAAAGAAGGAUGAGGAUAUUUUUAUUUCAGUGUGGAAUCUCCAUCGCUCGCCUCUAUAUUGGGUGGAUGCAGAUAAAUUUAAGCCAGAGAGAUGGCCUAUUGAUGGACCAAAUCCAAAUGAAAAUACAGAAAAAUUCAGUUAUCUGCCAUUUGGAGGGGGGCCUCGAAAAUGUGUUGGUGAUAUGUUUGCUACAUUUGAGACAGUUACGGCAACUGCAAUGCUGAUCAGGAGAUUCAAUUUUGAACUUUCUGUUGGAGCUCCACCUGUGGGAAUGACAACGGGGGCAACAAUUCAUACCACUGAAGGCUUAAACAUGACAGUGACACGAAGAAUGAGGCCUCCAGUGAUUCCAGUGUUGGAGGCUCCAACACUCAAUAUGGUUGAUGAAAGCAGUUUAAUCAAGAGCUAUAAUGCUUCAAAUGGACCUGUCAGUGUUCAAAAUCCAGAAAUAUACAAGGCAAACUGAAUAAAAAUGAAAUAAAUAGAAAUGAGAUUCCUCCUUCUUAUCCAUAACAUACGUACUUUGGUUGAUUUAGCUGGGAUGAGAAGUACUUGCUUUGGGAAGGAAGAAUCAUUGCUGCUCCUAUAAGGUAUUUCUGUGAUUUGUGUUAAAGAUUGCAUGUCAUUACUGUGUCAGAAGGCAUUGGAUAGGUGCCUUCAUCUCUCCCUUCUACCAUGCUAAGCUCUAUGUACCAGGCAUUACACAGUCCAUUUGAAAUAGCUGCUGCCAAAUAUGAGUCAAAUAUCUUUUCUUCUUCAUCAUUGGUAAAUUUUUGUCAGGAGAAAUCACCUCUGAAAUACUGCCCAAGUGUGAGCUGGAUGUGAAUUUUUAAAUGAUGUAAAUUCUAGCGGAUUACAAUUCAUUCAUACAGGAGGUGAUACAGAUUUAAGAUAGGUUUGGAUUUCAUGCGUGGCUAGAAUGGUCAUCAGACUUCUAUGUACUAAAAUUUUAUCAAUAAUUAAAAAAAACUGCUCUUUCCAUUUCAA